UACCACAGUUCAUUAUAAAGUUUACCCAAUAACUAGACUAAUUCCUUUACAACAAUUUUAACCGAAUUUAUUUUAAGCCACUGAUCGAUAACUAUUAACAAUACUAUUUAAACUCGCUGUAUGUCAAACAUAGUGCCACGGUUGUUAAAAUCACCUGAUGUUGUGGCAGCGUAUCAACAAUAAAACGAAAGUUUAGAUUGUGGAAAAUAAAGCGGGAUAAACUCAUAAAACAAUUAUAGGAAGCGAUUGAAUGUGGAUAUUAAUAGAAGUAUAUCGUGUUACUAUAUACACUAAUAUGCGAGGCGUAUACUAUAUGGUAAGCUUACUAUAGCGUGCAUUUUCUGAAUAAAGUAGAACAACAACUUAAUAUAUCACCCACGAAGAAAAGAAAAGGUGAGAGAGACGUCAGGAAUAUGAAAAACGUCUCACAAAUGAUAUAUAUCUAAGACAAGUUUUUAUUUCAACUUAAACUCGCAUAUCUAAAAAUUUGAUAUUUCGAAAUCGUUUUCAACAUGAGUUGUGUAAGCCACUGUCUGGGAAGGUUGUGCGUUGCCUUGAAGAUUAUUGCGCUCAUCACGAACAUCACGGCGCUUGGGCUACCCUACUGGUACAAGGGCUCUCCCACUACGAGCUCGGGGGUGGACGGAUCCAACACGGUGGAGACCACAAUACGAGAGGGACUGUGGAAGAAGUGCACCGACCUUGAAUACGUGUCCAGCUCGAACUCGUUCUGCGAGGAUAACGAAGCUACCACGGUGAUCCUGGCGAUUCGUUGGAUCCUAAUUGUAGCCUGCGGAAUCAUCGGCAUCGCUAUCCUAGCUUCCGGUGCAGCAGUCCUGGAGAGCAAUAAAACUGCAUACAUUGUUGGCGCCGUCCACUCGUUCAUAUCCGUGGCCUUGAACGCAACCAGUGCGGCCUUGUAUGCCACAAAGGUCAAGGACGACCUAGGAUUCGAGCUCAAGCACCUGUAUAUCGGCUGGGGGCUGAACUUCCUGUCCCUCUUCACGGGGUUGCUAGGGGCCCUCCUGGCGCUCUGUCUGACCCGUAUGGUCGGGAAUAAGAAAGUAGAGGAUGAGGAAAAGUAGCAGGGGCCUGUAUGCACUAAGCGUCUUAUGGAGAACUUAAUAAUGUAUGAGAUGCAUAAAAUCUUGUUUAUGUCUUAUCCUUUAUAUAUUCCAUCAAAAUUGUCAACCGGCUUAGUAACAUCCUGAAUUUCAUGAGCUUUAUUAUUCCUGUGUUUAAUUGAUUCAUUCUAGCAGGGGCGAGCCUGGGCCUAUUUUGAUUGUUCGCACCAUGGCUAGGGAGGUUCGGGAGCAUGUAGUCCCGUAAAUAGACGUAGAACGGCUUUGAUGAAUUGUAAAGGGUAUUUAACAAUCCAUUUAACUAAAAUUAUUGUUUACAUAGAACAAUAUUACAGAUACUUGUUUAAUACAGAAAACGGGUACGCCGUAUCCCAUUAACGCGAUGGUUUGUAUUGGUUGAUUUGCGUUGUUUUAUUUAUAAAUUUACGUGCGAACGUGCGUAAGACCAGUUGCCCCUGUUAAAUAUUAAACAUUUCUUAGCAGAAAAGUACUUUCACGCCUGUUAAAAGAAGGUGGUGCACGGGAUUUUGCAUUUGAAAAUCGUUUUUGUUAUUUUGUGUUAUAACAAGUAUGCACGACAUCACUGCCUAAAUUCAGAUUUCUGGUUUGAGCGAUUAAAAGAACCAACCGGGACAAUACUGCAUGCAUAUUUAUCUCUUAUUUCAUUCAUUUAAGCAAACUGUUUCACUUUUUCAAAUCAUAUUGUAUCUAUAAAUACUAUAAAUACAUUUGUUAUCUUACCUUUUGUUCAAUAAUAUUAAGGUUUGAAUUGUGCUUUACUUUUAAACUUGGUAUAUUUACCAUACGUGCGUAUUACUGUUUACACUCGCUUUAUUCAUGUAGUCUGUUUUGGUGUUGGUUUUUUGAAAUUAUUUGACUGUCUUUUUUCAUUACUGUGCUUUACAUAUGUCAUGUGUCAUAUUAACAAACAUCUCAGAAUAGUCUUACCUUAAAUCAUAUCGAAUAGAAAAUAAACCAGACUAAUUA